GCGGCCACCGCUUUGCAAAGUGUGUGUGUGUCCGUGUGUGUGUGUGUGUGUGUGUGUGUGUGUGUGUGUGCGUGUGUGUGUGUUGGGGGGCAGCUCCACGCUGCAGAUGCCCGGCCGGGGGGCGCGCGUAUCUGGGGGCGCAGCGCGGGCGUGUGGUGGUCCUUGUGGCCAGGCCCCCCCGCUCCUGCAGAAGGCGGGGACCCCGGCCUCCAGGCGCCCAGCUGCUCUCUGAGCCCCGGGGGCUUCCAUGGGACGCGUAUCGCCAGCCCCAGGGUGACUGGAGGCGCGACCCGGGCCGCGGUGACCCCGAGUCGGGUGCAGGGGGAGGGGGGGUUGCUGCUGCGAUCCGACCCCCCUGGAGAGACAGGACGCAGAAAAGUCUGUGUCCGUGGCUAAUGACUCCUGGCGGCAGCAGGGCUCUUGCAACUGGCCAUUUUUGUACGGUUUUGAUUGUGCACAAGGAAUGCUGCUGGUGGCAGUGACUGUGGUUUCAGGAAGACACUAUUCAACUGAGCCGUAAGGCCUGCGCUCAUCCUCCCUGAUAAAUGUCAAGCCGGUGGGGCCUACUUAGCUGGCUGAAGGAGCAGAGUCUAUCCAGGAGUCCAUUUGACACCUCGAAAGACUUUGCAGGAUGCUGUAAGCCGCUGCCACCAUUGUUUUUCAAGCCCCAGAAAGAGCAGUAGCUUCCUCCUGCUAGGAGAUCUCGGACAGGUGCGUUCAAUGCCUAACGUGGCAGAAGGAGACAGAAGUCAUUCUGGAAAUGAGGAGCACGUGUCCGACAGCAGGUCCCCGGAGGAGAGUCUGCCAGGGGCCCUGCAGUCUUUCUGCUCACGUACCUCGGGAGCACCCUUGGGUUUCAAGGGAGAUAAUCACUAUCCCUGGAGCUGCCCAGUGACCCACACCCGGGAGAAGAUCUACGCUGUCUGCUCAGACUAUGCUUUUCUCAACCAGGCCACCUCCAUCUACAAAACCCCUGCCCCAAACCACUCCCCUUGCCUCCCCGAGGGCCCGUCUUUGUCAGCUGGAAGUAACUCCUCCAGGUACGUGGGCCUCCCCUCCAGCGCAGCCGACAUCAUCUACAAUGAGGAGAACAGUUUGGAGAACUUAUCCGACAGCCUGGGCAAGCUCCCGCUGGCAUGGGAGAUUGAUAAAUCCGAAUUCGAUGAUGUGACCACAAAUCUGAAACACAAGUCAGGCAGUGCCAAAAAACAGAUUUCCAAGAAAAAGGCUUCCGAUAAGAAAGGGAAACAUCAGAGAGAGUGGACUCAGCACUCCCCGGUUGAAGAUAUCAAACAGCGGAAAGUUCUAGACCUCAGGCGAUGGUACUGCAUAAGCCGGCCACAAUACAAGACUUCCUGUGGCAUCUCCUCCUUGAUUUCUUGUUGGAAUUUUUUAUACAGCACAAUGGGAGCGGGAAGCCUCCCACCGAUUACCCAAGAGGAAGCGUUACAUAUUUUGGGCUUUCAACCCCCGUUUGAAGACAUUAGGUUCGGCCCUUUCACUGGAAAUACCACACUGAUGAGAUGGUUCCGACAAAUUAAUGACCACUUCCACGUCAAAGGAUGCUCCUAUGUUCUCUAUAAGCCUCAUGGGAAGAAUAAAACAGCUGGAGAGACUGCGUCUGGUGCCUUGUCAAAGCUGACUCACGGAUUGAAAGAUGAAUCGCUGGCAUAUAUUUAUCAUUGCCAGAAUCAUUAUUUCUGUCCAAUUGGCUUUGAAGCAACCCCUGUGAAAGCCAAUAAAGCAUUCAGCAAGGGACCCUUGUCUUCCCAAGAAGUAGAAUAUUGGAUCUUGAUCGGAGAAUCUAGUAGGAAACACCCUGCUAUUCACUGUAAAAGAUGGGCAGAUAUCGUUGCUGAUCUCAACACUCAAAAUCCAGAGUAUCUGGACAUCCGGCAUUUAGAGAGGGGCAUACAGCAUCGGAAAACCAAAAAGGUGGGAGGAAAUUUGCACUGCAUCAUAGCAUUCCAGAGACUUCAUUGGCAACGAUUUGGCCUUUGGAACUUUCCUUUUGGGACUGUUAGGCAAGAAUCUCAACCUCCACCACACACCCAGGGCAUUGUCAAGUCUGACAGCGAAGACAACAUCUCUAAGAAGCAGCAGGGGCGCCUGGGCCGGUCUUUCAGUGCUGGUUUCCACCAGGACUCGUCAUGGAAAAAGAUGUCCAAUAUUAGCAUUUGGUUGAACCAAGCACUUAAAGGCGUCCGUGAUCGCCAUGGGAACUCGGUAGAGAACGCUCAUCUUCUCACGUUGUUUCAUCGGCUCUGCAAACUCUUGUUUUUCCGUAUCCGUCCUAUCUUCGUGUUUGACGGGGAUGCUCCACUGCUGAAGAAACAGACCUUGGCCAAGAGACGGCAGAGAAAGGACUUGGCAACCAGCGACUCCAAAAAAACCUCAGAGAAACUUCUGAAGACCUUUUUGAAAAGACAAGCUCUCAAAACUGCCUUAAGAAGCAAAAGAGAUGAAGCCCUCCCCAGCCUCACUCAAGUUCAAAGAGAAGAUAUCUAUGUAUUGCCACCUCUACAAGAAGAAGAGAAAAAUACUUCCGAAGAAGAAGAUGAGAAGGAAUGGCAAACAAGAAUGGAUCAAAAGCAAGCAUUACAGGAAGAGUUCUUUCAGAAUCCUCAGGCGAUAGAUAUCGAGUCUGAGGACUUCAGCAGCCUGCCGCUAGAAGUGAAGCAUGAGAUUCUGACUGACAUGAAGGAGUUCACCAAGCGACGGAGAACAUUGUUUGAAGCAAUGCCAGAGGAAUCCAACGAUUUUUCACAGUACCAGCUCAAAGGCCUACUUAAAAAAAACUACCUAAACCAGCACAUAGAAAGUAUCCAAAAGGAAAUGAACCAGCAGCACUCGGGGCAAAUCCAGAGGCACUAUGAGGCUGAAGGCGGCUUCCUGCGAGAGGUAGAGUCGAGGAGAGUAGUCUCUGAGGACACCUCACACUACAUCCUGAUCAAAGGCAUCCAAGCUAAGAAGGUUGCAGAAGGGGAUACAGAGUCUCUUCCAUCUUCUAGCAAAAUGCCUUUUGACACAGCGCCAUCUCCACCCGAGAAACCAAAGCCAAAAAAGGAGCCCGAGGCCGCCCCUCCUUCCCCCAGAACUCAGCUGGCUCUGCAGGCCGCCCUGCUGGGAAGUAGCUCAGAGGAGGAGUGGGAGAGGGAGACCCCCAGGAAGCGCCAGCAGGAGGAGACAGCAUCUGCUCCCUCCCCUGGGGCCCCUGUCUCUCCGAGGACUCUCUUAGCCAUCCAGAAAGCUCUGGAUGAGGAGGAGGAGGAAGAUGUGAAAGUCCGUGCUGGGCCUUCUCCAGCCGUGCGCACGGGACGGUUGGCAGCAGAAGGCCUGCCUGCAAGCGGCUCUGAUGAGAAGCUUCAGGUGGGAGAUGGAAAGGACGUGCUGUCGCCAGCAGUGCCCCUCGGGCCCGGCAUGGCCUUGGCCAAGGAGCACGUCUCUGUUGCUCCUGAGGCAGAGCUGACACCCUGGACUCUUCCAGCAAAUGCCGCCUUACGCCCAGGCAGUGAAGCGAGCACUGCAGAAGGAAUGCCACUCAUCCCCAUGGUGAGCGGAGCCGCCCUGGUUGAGGAGAAGGAAGAUGCAGGGCAUGUAGAAAGCCCAGCGGAGAUGCACAGAAGGGCCCCCGAGCUCCAGAGUGGAGGGUGCCCGGCACCAACGCCCCCCUCAAGUCCCAGCUCUGUGCCGGUGGACGGGAAAUACCCCAGAGUGCUUGAGCGCCAGCCAGACCCUCGCUGGUCUGACAGUAAACACGAUGUCCCUUGUCAUUCAAGCAGCGACAGGACCGAAGGAGAAAGGCCUGCCCGCCCAGGUCUCGUCACCGUCACCUCACAGGAAACAAGCCAUACGCAUGGUGUCCCCUCAGAGCCCGUCAGCAGCUUAGAACACGCAGUGUCGCUUGACGCAGCUGGGCGUGGAGAGUCCCUGAAGGUCCCCCAGGGAUGUGAGCCGGUGGCCUCUGCAGACCAGGAGUGGAUUUCACCCCCAGAGUCUGUGAAACCGGUGGAACUCGACUCUGAAGAAAGUGAAUCCGACGGAAGCUUCGUUGAAGUGCAGAGUAUAUCCAGCGGUGACGAGCUUGCAGAUGAAUUGCCAGAACCUUUCAGACCUCCCUCUGAACACGGUGGAGAGGAACCAGUGGGGACAAAGGAGGAAGAAGCCAUUGCUGAGACAGAGGGUCUCCUGAGGGACAGCUCUGAGAACCAGACCGUGACUGUGGAGUCCCAGGAAGAAGAAGAACAAGAUGCAGAUAAUUCUGUCAAUGAGUGGCAAGAUAUAAACCUGGAGGAGCUGGAGUCUCUGGAGAACGACCUUCUCGCCCAGCAGAACUCGCUCAAGGCCCAGAAGCAGCAGCAAGAGCGGGUGGCCGCCACCGUCACGGCACAGAUGUUUCUGGAAAGCCAGGAGCUCCUCCGCCUGUUUGGCGUCCCCUACGUCGAGGCCCCCAUGGAGGCGGAGGCUCAGUGCGCCAUCCUGGACCUGACCGAACAGACCUCCGGGACCAUCACUGACGACAGCGACAUCUGGCUGUUUGGCGCCCGGCACGUCUACAAAAACUUCUUUAACAAGAACAAGUUUGUAGAGUAUUACCAGUAUGUGGAUUUUCACAACCAGCUGGGAUUGGACCGGAACAAAUUAAUAAACCUAGCCUAUCUGCUUGGAAGCGACUACACAGAAGGAAUACCUGCUGUCGGCUGCGUUACAGCCAUGGAAAUUCUCAACGAAUUUCCUGGGCACGGCCUGGAGCCUCUCCUAAAAUUCUCAGAGUGGUGGCACGAAGCUCAACAAAACCAGAAGAUGAGACCUAACCCUCACGACACCAAAGUGAAGAGGAAACUGCGUAAGCUGCAGCUGACACCCGGCUUCCCCAACCCGGCGGUGGCCGCCGCCUACCUCAGACCCGUGGUGGACGACUCCAAGGGCUCCUUCCUGUGGGGCAGACCCGACCUCGGCAGGAUCAGAGAAUUUUGCCAGCGGUAUUUUGGCUGGAACACGACGAAGACAGAUGAGACGCUGUUCCCAGUAUUAAAACAGCUAAAUGUGCAGCAGACGCAGCUCCGGAUCGAUUCUUUCUUUAGGUUAGCACAACAGGACAGGCAAGAUGCGAAGGGUAUUAGGAGCCAGAGACUUAACAGAGCUGUGACAUGUUUGCUGAGGAAAGAAAGGGAAGCGGCAACCAGCGAAGUCGGAGCAGUGCCCGUCGCCAUGGAGGAGGACCAGGAGCUUCUAGACGCAGCACAAGGAGGGGCCCCCAAGAGGAGAAGCAAAGCCAGCCCAGGGCAAGCAGCCCCAGGCCCCAAAAGAAGGAAGCUUCCGGCCUCCAAGGGAGAGACAAAGACGUGUGGCGGGUUUCUGGGGGAGGCCUAUCUCUCGCAGUCAUCCGAGGCCUCUUCAGGGGAAGAUGCUGCACCAUCCUCUGCAGCGAACACUCGCAAGAAGGGGCCAGCAGCUGGGCCCCCCUCUGCAGCCGCGCGGGUUACGGCACGACCUCCCGGGAGGGGCGAGGGGGACAGCUCCGGCAGCUCCAGCGAGGAAGAUGGAGAGAAAGCCACAGCAGUGUUGGUGACGGCCAGGUCCGUAUUUGGAAAGCGAACGGGGCGGCUGAGGGGCACGAGAGGCAGGAGGAGGAGAACCUGACUGAAACCCCAGUGGUGUCUCUAGCCUUGGGGAGACCAGUGCUGCUCAGUGAAUUUGUGUGAGCUGAUGACAAAUAGCCUGGCGUUUGUCACGCGCUUUUUUUUUUUUUUUCCUUAACAGAGAUGCUAAACUUCUCAUACACACACACACACACACACACACACACACACACACACAUUUUAAUAUGUCACAUAUUUUUUGUGCCUUCAGCUUUUCUGGACUGUGUCCCUGAAUUCCCAGCUUUCGGGGUUUUUAUUGUUCGAUCUCUGAUGCACCUUAAUGACGUUGAAAAGAAGCAAAGAGGGUUCAUACUGACUAGUGCUGAAUCUCAGCCCUCCCUCUAACCCUCCCACCUAGAAGAAGAGAGAGUCCCAGCACCCCCCCCCCACACACACACAGGGCCUGUCCCUCUCCCUCUGCCCCUCCAUCCCCCUUAGUGGUCCCUGAAAAGGGACCCUCACUGCUGUAGUGGGUGUGAGGAGCACAUGUCCCAUGAUUAGGACAAAAUAACUGGGACAUCCAAGUGAGAGGGGCUUCAUUUCUCCUACGUAUAGGCUCCUGGGUGUGUGUGGGGGGGUGUUUGGCUUUUAAGAAACCUCAGCAGGGUGAGAAUGUCAGUUGACCCAACCCCUGUGGAGAGCAGAGUCUGGAGAACUCUCAGAAGGCUAGAAGUGGAUCUGCCCUAUGACCCUGCAGUUCCUCUCCUGGAGAUAGAUCCUAAGGAACCCAGCACACCCAUCCAAAGAGACCAGUGUUCACCUAAGUUGAUAACAGCACAAGUUGUGGUCUAGAUACACAAUGGAAUACUACUCAGCUAUUAAAAAUGGUGACUUCACCUUCAGCACA